AUGACAUGGGCUGAACGCUUUAUUGUGUUCUGCGGUGUGGGCUUUGGUUCAGGCUUAGCGCCUAAAGCACCAGGUACAUUUGGCUCAGCAUUUGCGCUUUUGUUUAUUCCGAUUUGGCUUGCAAUUGGUUUUUAUGGCUCCAUAUUGGCCAUCAUAAUCAUGUCAUUGGUCGGUAUUUGGAUUUGUGGGAAAACCGCAGAGAUUAUCCAUGUGCAUGAUGAUGGGCGCAUUGUUUGGGAUGAGUUUGCUGGGCAAUCAAUCACGUUCCUGCCUUUAAUUUAUUUAGGACAAAUGAAUUGGAUUUGGGCACUGGUUGGAUUUGCACUGUUCCGUUUAUUUGAUGUCUGGAAACCAUGGCCUAUUCGUGUCAUUGACCAAAAAGUCGAUGGUGGCUUUGGGAUCAUGCUUGACGAUAUUAUUGCAGGCCUCUGGGCAGCAAUAUGUAUCCCAGAUCUGUUAGAGCAAACCGAACAACUCGGUACGGGUCAUGCCGUUAAAGUGACUUUACCUGUUUUGCCCCAAGAUGGCAUUUCUUUGAUCCUUUCUGGUGAUGUGCCUUGCGUACAACAAAGUACCCUACAACGCUUGGUUGAUGUAUCCAGUCAAACAGGCAUCGGUUUAGUCACAUUAACGCUUGAUGAUUCUACUGGCUACGGUCGCAUCGUACGUAAGGAUGGAAAAAUCCAAGCGAUUGUUGAACAUAAAGAUGCUUCUGAUGAACAACGUCAAAUUAAAGAAAUCAACACAGGUAUUUACUGUGUGAGCAAUGCCAAAUUACAUGAAUGGUUACCUAAACUCAGCAAUGACAAUGCUCAAGGCGAGUACUACCUCACUGAUAUCGUGGCAAUGGCUUUAGCGGAUGGUAUGGAAAUCGCAUCCAUUCAACCAGAAUUGGCUUUUGAAGUUGAAGGCGUGAAUGAUCGCAUUCAACUUGCAGCAUUAGAGCGAGAAUUCCAAAACUAUCAAGCCAAAUUACUGAUGCAACAAGGCGUGCAUUUGAUUGACCCUUCACGUUUUGAUUUACGUGGUCAACUCACCGCGGGUACUGACGUCAAUGUACUUUCGGAAAUGGCGUUGAAAUUGGCGCAGGAUGUAUUAUCAAAAAUACUCAAAUUGCGGCAGGAACCAAAGUUCAACCGUAUAGUGUUUUUGAAGAUGCAGUGA